GCCGAAACGCUGCCUGGCAGACUAAUCACGGGGAAUAGUAACAAAAGGAUGACGUUGGCUUCUGUGUCCUGUUCCGGUGGCGGAAGAUGGCUGACGGUGGACCCAUAACAGCGAGAAGAUGCGACUCCAGCUCUCUGUCCUCUGUGAGUAUGGACACCAUCUCUGCCCUGACGGAGCUGGAGGACCUGGAGAAAAUUUACCAGCAGCUCUGCGAGGAGGAGAAGGAGGUGGAAACAGAGCUGGACAGACUGGUAGGGCAGGAGGGGGCCAUUCACACCAAAAUGCUGGCACUACACAGGAUGGGACCCAACCUCCAGCUGAUUGGAGGAGAUGCCAGCCAGCUGUCGGGCAUGAUCACUUUUACCUGCAGCCUGGCUGAAAACGUCAGCCGUAAAGUACGACAACUAGACCUGGCAAAGACGCGGCUAUAUAACGUCAUCCAGCGUGCCGAUGAUAUCCUCGACCUGAAAUUCUGCACAGACGGGGUGCAGACAGCUCUGCGUAAUGAAGAUUACGAACAGGCUGCUGCUCACAUCCAUCGAUACCUGUCUCUGGACCAGUCCGUUAUCGAGCUGAGCAGGCAGGGAGAAGAAAGCAGCGCUGUGGACGCCAGUCUGGUCCUACUGCAGGAAGCAGAGCAGAAACUAAAGGUCAUUGUUGCAGAGAAGCUUGAUGAAGCCGUAGCAGCAGUCGACCUGGCACAGGUGGAAAGGUUUUUCAAGAUCUUCCCUCUUCUUGGCCUCCACCAGCAAGGCCUCGCUCGAUUUGGCCAGUAUCUCUGCAGUCAGCUUGCCUCCAAAGCUGAGGAGAACCUGCUGCUAGCGACUGGAGCAGAUCUGGGUGAGAAGAGAGCUCUGCUGAUAUUUGCAGACACGCUAACGCUGCUGCUGGAAGGUAUCGCUCGCAUUGUGGAGACCCAUCAGCCAAUAGUAGAGACGUACUACGGUCCAGGCCAUUUGUACACGCUCAUCACUCACCUGCAGCAGGAAUGUGAUCGCCAGGCCCAGAAAAUAGUUGACAGGUUCAUCCAGCAGAGAGGAUACCACACCAAGUUUCAGGUCGUCCAAAGCAGCAUGAUGAAGAGUGUUCCAGGGGAGAGGAUCGAGCCAAGGGAGCUGGAUCCCGUCCUGGCAGAAGUCACUCUGAUGAACGCGAGGGCGGAGCUCUACUUGCGCUUUCUACGUCGCCGCGUGAUGGCCGACUUUGAAGUUGGGGACGCUCAGAGCAUCACGCAGGAGCAUCAGCAGAACGUGGAGAAGCUGCUGAAACACUGCCUACUGAGCACAACGAUGCAGGAGCUGAUUGGUUAUUACAUUCCCAUGGAAGAGUACUACAUGAGAGAGUCUGUCAACAAGGCUGUUGCUAUGGACACAUACGAAAAGGGACAGCUGACCAGCAGCAUGGUGGACGACUGUUUCUACAUUGUGAAAAAGUGCAUCAGCAGAGCUUUAUCGAGUUCCAGCAUCGACUGCCUCUGUGCGAUGAUCAACCACGCCAACUCCGUGCUGGAGUCUGACUUCAGGGAGGUGUUGUAUAACAAGCUGCGGCAGGGCUUCCCAGCUACAACACUGCAGGACAUCCAGCGUGGUGUCAGCAGCGCGGUCAGUCUAAUGCAGAGCAGCUUACAGCAGGGCAAGUUCAACACGCUUGGCAUCGAGAGCACCGAAGACGCCAAGGCUGCGUUCCUGGUGACCCUGAAUAACGUCGAGGUGUGCAGUGAGAACAUCACAACUUUAAAGAGGAACCUGGAGAACGACUGCUCCAAGUUGUUCAGUCAGGGGGUCGGCUCUGGAGAGCAAGCCAAGAUUGAGAGCUGUUUGUCCGACCUUGUCAGCACGUCCACAAAGUUCAAAGAUCUAUUACAGGAGGGUCUGACGGAGCUAAACACAACAGCCAUAAAGCCUCAGGUCAAACCCUGGAUCAGCAGCUUCCUGUCCAUCUCACAUAACAUAGAGGAGGAGGAGUUUAAUGACUAUGAAGCUAAUGACCCCUGGGUGCAGCAGCUCAUCGUCAACUUGGAGCAGCUGAUGACAGAGUUUAAGAUGGCCCUCUCCCCGGUCAUCUACGACACGCUGACCAGCCUGAUGACCAGUCUGAUAGCUAUUGAAAUGGAGAAGACGGUCCUCAAAUGCUCGUUCAGCAGGCUCGGGGGGCUCCAGUUCGAUAAAGAGCUCCGGUCUCUCGUGGCGUACCUCACAACCGUGACAACGUGGACCAUCAGAGACAAGUUCGCUCGCCUCACACAGAUGGCCACCAUUCUCAACCUUGAGCGGGUAACUGAGAUCUUGGAUUACUGGGGCACUAAUUCAGGUCCCCUGACGUGGCGACUGACGCCGGCAGAGGUGCGUCAGGUCCUGGCGCUCCGCAUCGACUUCCGAAGCGAGGACAUCAAGAGGCUGCGGCUGUAACCCUCUGGUGUGCGGGUGCCUUCGAUUGCUGUGAGACUUUUCACUGCAGAACUCUGUUUGCAUUUCUGUGGAGUACGGACAAGCUGAGGAUUUCUUUUUAUCUGAAUUAGUUGGGGGGUUCAGACCUUCUGCUCUUCACCCCUGACUGAUGACAGUCUAUAUCAUUAUAGCCGGGCUUUUAUGGGGCAGGGAUUUUGACGAAUUUGAUAGGAAUUAACUGUAAAAUAUGAGAACGUUCUGUUAAAUGUUUAAUUAAAAGCGUGACUGUGUAA